GACAAUUCACCAUAUAAGAAGAGUAGUAGCUCCAAGGUUUUUACAACAAUCAGUGUUAUAAUUUUUUUCAUUUUUGGUAGUAGUUGAAUUCUGUGUGAUUGUUAAGACCAGAGUGAUUAAGUAACCAACCAACAAACUAACUAACUAACCAACCUACUAAACUAAAGCAAUAAAUCAAAAUAUUUAGUGCAAAUUUUCUUCUUUUUUUGUUGUUUUGAGUGUGAUUUAAACAAGAGAAUAAAAUUAACAAAACAAAUUUUAUUAAAAUCAUAAUGUAAAAUACCAAAGAAAAAAGUAAAAUUCAAACCGAAAGCAAAGAAAAAAAAUAUAGAAAAUAAAGAAAACUACCGUUUAGUUGAUAAAUCAAUCAUCGUGUACACUAUAUAUGACAAAUAAUACUCAGCUUAUAAACAAUCUAAUUAAUUAUUAAUUAAAUAAUUACAUAUUUUAAAAAACAAUUAGGUUUUUUAUUUAAAUUUCUAAAACUAAGUGAAACAAAGUCAAAGAACUAAAGAACGGCUACAGAAAAUGGCUUCAGGUGAUGGUAUUAGCACUAUAGAUCCGGAUGUUUCCUCUACAUCUAAUACAAAAGUUACCGAAGAUGCUUUGGACUUAUCUAUAUCCGAUUCCCAAAGCAAGCAGCGCAGUAAAACCGAUAAGGAAAGAAAAAUCGGUCAUAGGCGUGUGGGAGAAGGUGGUGAGAUUACGUAUAAGAAAAUACAAACAUCACAGAUUAUGGGUUCUAUACAAUUGGGUAUACAGCAUACGGUUGGUAGUUUAGCAUCAAAACCAAAACGUGAUUUACUUAUGAUGGACUUUUGGGAAAUUGAAAGUAUAACCUUUCCUCCUGAAGGUUCUAGCCUUACGCCUGCCCACCAUUAUAGUGAAUUCAGAUAUAAAAUAUAUGCGCCUAUUGCAUUUCGUUAUUUUAGAGACUUGUUUGGCAUACAGCCGGACGAUUUUAUGAUGUCGAUGUGUUCAUCACCUUUAAGAGAACUAUCGAAUCCGGGUGCUUCCGGUUCUAUAUUUUAUCUAACACAUGAUGAUGAGUUCAUAAUUAAAACAGUUCAGCACAAGGAGGGUGAAUUUUUGCAGAAACUAUUACCAGGUUAUUAUAUGAAUUUAAAUCAAAAUCCUCGUACCCUCUUGCCGAAAUUCUUCGGUUUAUAUUGUUUGCAAACGAGUAAUGCCAAAAAUAUUCGUUUGGUUGUUAUGAACAAUUUGCUGCCUUCAUAUGUUAAGAUGCAUCUGAAAUAUGAUCUCAAAGGUUCCACUUUUAAGCGUAAAGCAAACAAGGCUGAACGAUCCAAAAAAUCACCCACAUUUAAGGACUUGGAUUUUAUGGAACAUCAUCCAAAUGGCUUACUCCUGGAAGCUGAAACAUAUUCGGCUUUAAUCAAGACCAUACAAAGAGAUUGCACGGUUUUGGAGUCAUUUAAAAUUAUGGAUUAUUCACUGCUAGUGGGUGUACAUAAUUUGGAUUUGGCUUCGAAGGAGAAGCAAAAAACCCGUAAGCCACGUAAGGCUUCGCAGUCGGAUUAUUCAGACACCGAAGAGGCGGCCAGAGCAAAUGAUCCUCAAUACGAUAAUCAGGAUGAAGAAACACAAAGCAAUAUAAAUCGCAAUAGUUUGGCCUAUAGGUCCAAUCGCCAACGUUUGGUGGCUCAUUCUACGGCCAUGGAAAGUAUACAGGCGGAAAGUGAACCCAUCGAUGAUGAAGAGGACAUGCCUCCUGGAGGUAUACCUGCACGCAGUGAAAAAGGUGAAAGACUCUUACUUUUUAUAGGUAUUAUCGAUAUUUUACAAUCAUAUCGACUGAAGAAAAAAUUAGAGCACACUUUUAAAAGUAUUAUACAUGAUGGGGAUACGGUCUCGGUGUGUCGUCCUUCAUUUUAUGCUCAAAGAUUUCAAAAUUUUAUGGCCAAAACUGUAUUUCGUAAAAUACCAUCUCUGGAUCUCCCCGAGAUCAAAGGAAAUCAUAGAAAAUUUCGUACUUUGGUAUCCAGUUACAUAGCUCUGAAACAUUCACCCUCGAAAAGAAAAAGUCUCUCGAAAGCAAUACAACGUUCCAUAGACAGUGAAAACGAGCAAAGAGAACAUAGUCAAAGCCAUGCCCACUCCACAGCGGUACAUGCCAAUAAAAAGUCACAUGCUUCGAAUAAAGCAAUGAGUGCACAUACAACUGGCGAUGAAAGAAGUUCCGGGCAUGCGGCCUCUUCAAGUUCGUCUGUAUUGAAAACUAUACAAGCUCCACCGGUAAAACAACGUUCGGCUGCUGCUUCUAGUAGUGGCUCAACACUUAAAGCCAAAGUUCCACCUCCAGUACCGCCAAGAGGAUCACCACGUAAACGUGAUAGUGAUGCUUAUCAACAACAGGAAGGCGGCUCUUCAAGAGCUCUCUCCACCACUCCAGGUAUACACUUAAACGUAAACGUCAAAAGAUUAGUGAACAAGUUUUCCAAUCCCUCGCACAAAGACACCUUAACAGUACCACACGACUCACCACUGCCUCGUUUCGGGGAGCAACGUUCGCCCAGCAAUGUGCGUGAUUGGUUAGAUUUACAUGAUCUGUUCGAGGGUGUUUCAGUUACAGAACCUCCUCCACCCCCACCACUACAACGAACUCAAACACCAAUUCAGCCCCAUAUAGAAAAUUUGAAAAAGAUACGCAAAGAUUCUGCCAUAUCUUAUACGUCUAGUAAAUAUUCCGGAGCACCUCCUCUCCAAGUAGCUGCUAUACAAAAACUAAAAUUACAGCGUAAAGAUUCGGUGAUUUCUUCGGCUUCUAGCAAUUAUUCAGCAGCAAGAUCUCGAAUAUCUCAAUCACGCCCCUUAAAUCAUAUUGAUCUCUUUCAAAGACAAAACAGUGGCCUGGUGUCGCGACGUUCUUCGGCAGCCUCCAUUGUUCAUAACUUUCCACCUAUACCUUCCGAGCACAGCGAACGUAGUAGUAUUAUACCGAAUAUAACUAACAGUAAGCUUCGUGAAACCCGUGCUAAUAAACGACGUGAAAAGCGCAUGCAAUAUCUUCGUUAUGCUGACAUGGCUUUGGCCGAUGAUAAUGACGAAGCAUACGAAGAUAAUUUGAUACAAUCUAUGCAUGCCUUUGUUGAAGUAAAACACGAACUGGAGAAUAACAAACGACCGCGUAAGCAACGUGUCGUUGUAGUUCAAGAAGAAUCAGAACCUGAAGAAUUAAAUGUAAAGAAAAAGAAUCGUAAAGCAAUUUCCUCUAAUAGUGGUGAUGUUGUUAAAAAUCCAAACAAAGUUCGCUCUACAACGAAUAAACCAGAACCCAAAAAGAGAUCCAAGAAUGUACCUUCAACUAUAUCCGAAGGCUUAGCAUCUAGUUACUCCCUUAAUCCUCUUACCCCUAGUAGACGUAGUAGCGUGUUUGAAUUUGAAUUUUAGUUAAAAUGCUUUUAUUAUUUAUUACACGCCACAACACAACACACUCCGCCAUACACAACAUAUACUACAUAUUUUCUUGUUUAACCAUUUGUCGAUCAUUUUUUAUAUACAUAUUCGUAAACGAUUCGUUUAAACAUUUUUGUUGUUUAAUACUUAUUAUUAUUAUAUAUUGUUGUUGUACUCGUACACGUUCGUAUAUAGAAAGGACCUCUUAACAAAUUAAUUUCAUGUAUUUUCUCAUUGUAUUAUCGCUAGGCACAACGCCAUCUUGCAGUUCGACACCACCCCCUGCC